UUUUUUGUUAUUAUUUUGGAGAGAUUUUUUUUGUAGAGAAGUUUCAGAACUUCUGGCAAAAAAUAUUAAUUUUUAAGAAGAAUGUUGAGGCCAAAGAAUGUGAUUUUGCAGCUCAGGAGAUUCAAGCAUCGUCGGGAUCAUUGGUCCAUGGUGAGGAAGAAAAUUUAUCCCAAAGAUCGCGCUUUGACGAAUUUUGAUGAAUUCUACGGCUCUAUCUUUGGGAUCAGAUGGAAUUCCAUGAGGCUGGCACUCCUGUGUGAGCAUAAAUACAUGGCGAUUGUGAAUAAUUUCGGAGAUGCAGAGAAAACCAUUGAGAAACUCGAAGCUACAGGUGCCAUCAAUGUAAGGACUCUGUAUAAUAUCACUAAAGAGAGAAUUGAGAAAGGAGAACUUCCGCAGAUGCACAAAAUUGAGGAGAAAUUCACAAAGAUCGAUGAAAGGCUCCAGGCAACGUUGGCUAAACGGCAGGCUGAAGAAAUCCAAACAUUCUACCCACAGGAACGAGAAGCUUCCCUGAACUACAUCCCUGAGACUAUAGACACAAUGAGGCAAUCCCCAGCUGACAAUGAGUCCACGCUGGUUGAGCCAGAAUCCCGAGAUCGUCGUAUUAUUGAUCCGGAAAUCAGCGAAGGGCUGCUGGAGGAUUUUAUGCCAGCCACAAGGAUGAAGGGUCUGGAGGAUUGGGUAUUUGAGUCAGAUCACUACAAAUACUACAACAAAAACACAGAUUUCCCCCUGAAGAUUGAACCAGAACUUGAGCUGCAUUUCCCGGAAAAUCUUCACAUCUACACGUACGAGAGGAGCAAUGUAGAUCGCUUCUCUAGCCCCAAGAAAUGCAUUACGGGCUCCUUUUCACACUACCUCCUCGAUGGAGCUUCAAUCCUCCCACCCCUGGCUCUGGGAAUUGAGCCUGGAGACAAAGUUCUCGAUGCUUGUGCUGCUCCUGGCGGGAAAUCCCUCAUAAUGCUUCAAACUCUCUACCCGGAUGUUCUCGUGUGCAAUGAUAUCCCCGAGACGAGAGUUAAGCGCAUCCGGAAGAUCAUGGAGGACUUUGUUUUUGAUUUCCGGGAGAAUUGGCAGCAGAAGAGAUGCUUCAUUGUCCACGAAGACGCCAGGCUGCUCACGGAGUACAAAAAGUACGACAAAGUGCUCGUGGAUGUGCCCUGUACGACAGACAGGCAUUGCCUCAAUGAAAAUGAGAAUAACAUCUUCAAACCAACGAGAAUGAAUGAGAGAUUGAAGAUUCCGGAGCUUCAGGCGGGGAUUCUUGAGAAUUGUUUGAAGCUUGUGAAGGUCGGAGGAUCCCUUGUCUACUCAACGUGCUCCCUGAGUCCCGUUCAGAAUGAUGGGGUUGUUCAAAUGGCCCUUUCCAAUGCCUUCCGGGAAUCCGGAAUCUCAGUAGUUAUCAAGGAUUUAACGGACGUAAUGAAGCCCUUUGUGGAAAUCUUCAAGUUUGAGAAUCCCCGAGGACUCAAAUACGGCCAAAUGGUCAUCCCGUUCCUCCCAUUGAAUUUUGGCCCAAUGUACUUCUGCAAAAUGACAAGAAUCAGCUAAAAGGUAAGCACAAAAUUUAUUUGGCAUCCUCCUGGACGUAGAGAGAGACACAGAAAACUGAAGAAAUGUUGUAAAUAAACAGAAAACAUUUAAAAAAAAA